AUGGAGCCCCCGAGGGAUGCAGAGGGGGGGUCCGGCCCCGAGCCCCCCAUGGAGCUCCUGCCCCACAACCAGAUCCUGCCCCACACUGAGCUCCUGCCCCACACACAGCUCCUGCCUGGCACAGGCGCAGAGGCUCCGGUGGUGUCAGUGCCCUCAGCCUGCGGUGCCCUGGCAGGUGUGGAGGCUCCGGUGGUGCCGGAGCUGUCGUCGCUGUCGCUGCAGCUGCAGCAGGAGCUGUUGUUGCUGCGGCAGCAGCAGAGGCUCCAGCAGCAGUUCCUGUUCAAGGAGUUCCAGAAGCAGCAGGAGAGGCUGAGGAGGGAGCAUGAGGCUGAGCUGCAGAGACACAGACAGCAGCAGCAGGAGGCUGUGGCCGCGCGUCGGCAGCAGGAGCUGGAGCAGCAGCGCAAGGAGCGCGGCCGGGACAGCGCCAUCACCAGCACAGAGGUGAAGCUGAAGCUUCAGGAGUUCCUGCUCAGCAAAGCCAAAGAUCCUGUCCCAGUGCCCCACAACCAUUCCCUGCCCCACAUCCCCUCUUCUUGGCCCCAUCACCCGUCCCUGGAGCGGAGCUCCCCCCCCCAGAGCAGCAUUCCCGGGACCCCUCCCUCCCUGUGCCCCCCCCCGAUGGGGACGUGCGAGUCCCGGGAUGACUUUCCCCUGCGGAAGACGGCCUCAGAGCCCAACCUGAAGCUUCGCUCGCGGCUCAAGCAGAAGGUGUCUGAGCGUCGGAGCAGCCCCAUGAUGAGGAGGAGGGAAGGAGCCAUGAGCGGGUCCUGCAGGAGGAGAGCACUGGGGAGCACUGUGAGCUCCAUCAGCAGCAGUGCUCCCGGCUCCGGCCCCAGCUCCCCCUGCAGCUCCCCCAGUGCUGGCAAUGGGCUCACGGGAUCCGUGCCCAACAUCCCUGCACAGCAGCUCCUGCCGCACCAGCUGCCCCAGUUCAGCCUCUACACGUCCCCAUCACUGCCCAACAUCUCCCUGGGGCUGCCGGGACACAGCCCCCCCCUGCCCGUGAGCACCAGCGGGGGCCCUAUGGGGACCUAUGGGGGGGGAUGGGUCCCUCUCCACACCCGCCCCACAGUGACCCCCCCGGAGGGUUCGGGUUCGGCUCUGCCGCAGCCUCAGCACCGACCCCUGAGCCGCACUCAGUCCUCCCCCCUGCCCCAGAGCUCUGCCCUGCCCCACAGCAGCCUCCAGCACCCGCGGCCUGACCCACAGCAGCGCGGCAAGCUGCUGCCCACGGAGCUCUCUCGUCCCCCCCCCACCCACCGCGAGGAGACCGAGGAGGAGCUGACGGAACAGCGGUCACCCCCCCCGCGGGACCGGAGCCCCUCCCCCCCCCGGGACCGGAGCCCCUCCCCCCACCGGGACCCACAGGACAUGGGGGGGGGCAGGUCUCUCACUGGUCUCCCCCCCCCCCAGGCUGUUCCCGAGGCUCCGCUGUUCCCAGGCCCCCCCCCGCCCGAUGGGGGCCCCCGGCUCCGCUCCAGCACCGGUCUGGUGUAUGACACCUUCAUGCUGAAGCACCAGUGCACAUGUGGGAACAGCAGCAUCCACCCCGAGCACUCCGGGCGCAUCCAGAGCAUCUGGUCCCGGCUGCAGGAGACAGGGCUGCUGGGGAGGUGUGAGCGCAUCCGGGGCCGGAAGGCGACACUGGAGGAGAUCCAGUCGGUGCACUCGGAGCACCACACUCUGCUCUAUGGCACCAGUGCCCUCAGCCGACACAGGCUCGAUGGCAAGAGGCUGAUGGGUCCCAUCGCCCACAAGACGUACGCGGUGCUGCCGUGCGGUGGCAUUGGGGUGGACAGUGACACAGUGUGGAAUGAGCUGCACUCACCCAGUGCAGUGCGAACGGCCGUGGGCUGCCUGCUGGAGCUGGUGUUCAAGGUGGCGGCCGGGGAGAUCCGGAACGGCUUCGCCGUCAUCCGCCCACCAGGGCAUCAUGCUGAGGAGUCCGCGGCCAUGGGUUUCUGCUUCUUCAACUCUGUGGCCAUCUCAGCAAAGCUCCUUCAGCAGCGACUGAGCCUGAGCAGGAUCCUGAUCGUGGACUGGGACAUCCAUCACGGCAAUGGCACUCAACAGGCCUUCUACAGUGACCCCCAUGUUCUCUACAUCUCACUGCACAGAUACGAUGAUGGCAACUUCUUCCCUGGCAGUGGAGCACCCGAGGAGGUGGGCAGUGGACUGGGGGUCGGCUUCAACAUCAACAUCGCCUGGACCGGGGGGGUGGACCCCCCCAUUGGGGAUGUGGAGUAUCUGACGGCCUUCCGGUCUGUUGUCAUUCCCGUGGCCACCGAGUUCUGCCCUGAACUGGUUCUGGUCUCUGCUGGGUUCGAUGCUGUCGAGGGUCACGUGACCCCACUGGGGGGGUACCACGUGAGCGCCAACUGCUUCGGUCACCUGACCCAGCAGCUGAUGACGCUGGCAGGGGGACGGGUGGUGCUGGCGCUCGAGGGGGGACACGAGCUCAGCUCCAUCUGUGACGCCUCCGAAGCCUGUGUCAGUGCCCUGCUGGGCAUGGAGCUGGAGCCUCUGGACCCGAAGCUGCUGCAGCAGAAACCCAAUGGGAACGCGGCAGCUGCACUGCACAGAGUGAUCCAGAUCCAGAGUCGGCACUGGGGGUCCCUGAGGCGCGGGGGGGACCCGGAGGCUGAGGCUCUGUCGGCCAUGGCACAGCUGAGUGUGGGGGCAGAGCUGGGGGGCGACGGCACAGACAGGCCGCUGGAGGAGCCAAUGGAGGCCGAGCCCCCGCUGUGACCCCGCUGUGACCCCGCUGUGACCCUGCUGUGACCCCUGGAAAACCACCGGGAAUGGGGUGGAAAUGGGACAAAAGAGGAAUUAUUUUGGUUUUCUAUUAAAAA